GUCGAAAAAUGUUACAACAAAAAUAUGGCUUCCAAUAAAAAUAGUUAAAAAAAUGUUAUGAAAAUGACACAAUAUUUAGUUUAUUUUUUAGUUUUAGGAUUAUGUAGCUUAACGAAAUGUGAACUCUCCCUGCAAAUCAUCAAGGAUAUGGAGGGCACGCUCACCCCCGUUUCCAAAGACGUGUACGAAAAGGUCAACACGAAGUUCUCGCUGAUCUGCGAGCUGGAAUGGAGCGGGGACCCGCAACAGUACACCGAAUACGAUGAAAACUUGCAGUGGUCAAAGGAGGAGAAGACCAAACUCAACAUGAGCUUGCUGUUGAACAGAUACAAGCCAAUAACGACGCGCAAUGCAAUAAACAAGGCCACAAAGGUCUUCAAUCCAUUGAGGAUCGAGGACAAGGGCACGUACUUCUGUGUCAGUUUGAAAUUCAAACUGUUCAAGACCAUUGAUCUGAACGUGUACAACGAUGUGAAACGGGUGGAGUCGCGGCCGUUGUACGAGCCAAACUUUUGCAACGAUCAGAUGUUCCAGUGCAUGAGCAACGGUGUUUGUAUCACACAGCAUUACGUGUGUGAUGGUAAGGCAGACUGUAAGGACAGGUCGGAUGAGAGCCCAGAAACUUGCCAAGGAGAUCCGUGCAAAGAUAAGAUUCCGUGCGACGAUGGUAGGUGCAUACCCAUUUCUUGGUGUUGCGAUCGUAAUCACGACCUCAAUUGCACCGUUACAAACCGACCUCAAUGUUGUCAGGUGCUUUCAGAAUCUUAUGAGGAGUACGGAUUCACUCCACAUAUUAAUCAGCCCCAAGAAUAUGGUGCUACCUAUUUAUUCAUUUUAGUCUGCGUGCUCAGCAUCCUAUUCUCGAUCGUCCUCCUCCUGCUGAUCCUCUCAAAGGUGGUGAUAUUCGCAAAGAAGACCGCCCUCCAACAGCAGCGGCAGAACUUCUGCGAGAACGCGCUCCGCAACCAGAACGGCAUCAAUCUCAUACAGCAGGACUGCGACAUCUACAGCUUCUACAGGAACUCGCGGACGCCGCGUUCCAACUACAACACCAACAUCGUGUUGGAGAGCACGUCCGUCAACGAUCCGCUUCUCUGCCCGCCCCGUUUCAACACCGACCUGAUCAACGAUCAGCCGCCAUCGUACAUCGACGUGCUGCGACACGGUUCCGUCAACGAUCCGCCGCCGCCCUACGCCAGCAGGGAGAUGCUGAAUUUGAACGACGUCGGAAGGACUGGCGCGAAUUGAUCGGCCCGAUUUAAUUUCUCUUGUUUCCUGUUGAUAUUAAUGCCUAGAGAUUUUCGUUACUCACUUUGUUAAAAAGACACUUGGUUGAACAAUCAUAUCAUUGUUGAUAAUAAUUCGUACGUUUCGAUGGACAUAUCAUUCCGGUAAUUUGGUCCCGAUAGCUUUUUAAUUGUAAAACAAUUCAUAUCGUCGUUGAUAAUAAUUCGUUGGUUUUGUCAUUCCUCAAGUUUGAUCUGAAUGUUGUUGAACAUAUCCUGAUUGUUUUCAGUGUUAAAAUUAACCGUACUGUAUUACUGUAGAUUUUAAUAUUUUUACUUUAACGUAAGGACUAAAAAGGGGGUUUUUAUUUGUUUUAACAUCGCUUUUAACUGUAGGGCAAAAGUUCAAUCUCGAUAUUUUGAAUGUUUUUUUUAGUUUUCUCAAUUAACUAAUUAAUUCAUGGAAUUUUAUGGUCUGAUUUAUUUAUUUUAUUGGAGAAGAACUUUUGUUUAAUCAUUCCCCUUAAAUGUAUGUAUACAUAAAUUGGCAAUAAGUUAAAAUAUAAGACUUAUUUUAGACGGUUUUUGAGAUUGUAUUAUAUAUCUUAUCUGUGUAUAUAUUUAUUUGACUCAUAGAAAUUAGUAUAACCCUUUUAAAUAUUAGGUUUACAUAUCAAAUUAGGUUUUUGAAAAUCAGACUGUAUUUUUUGUAUUAGUACAAAUAAAAUUAUAUAUUUUUCAAUAUGUUUA